AAGGAGGAGGGGGGUGCCUUCUGAAAUAAUAUAGUCAGCCAUUUUUUAUGUAAGGGGAUUUUUUUUUCUUAUUGGGGGGGUUGUUAAAAAAUAAAUAUAAGAGGGCGGCCAUCUUUGUUGCUCUGCCGAGUGUAAAAUAUUUCAAAACGCCCCCCACUUUUUUCUGUGCCGAUUUGAAUAUUAAAUAAAUAUCAUACAUUCGCGCAAGAAUACGCUUUUUUGAAUACAAGGACGGACCCGAUGACAGGAAUAUAAUGUCCUCUCCUCUCCGGUCCUGUGAGGAAGACGAGGGCAUGGUGGUUAAUUCCGAGGGAGGAGAUUUUGAUGAAGAAGACGACGACGACGGAGACCUAGACGAGAACGCAAGCGACAUAAACUCGCCGGCGGCGCCUCGGGAAACUGCAACACCAGCCGCGCCAGACGAAGAGCCCGAGAUAUCCGACAGAGAGGUCCCCUGCAGGAAGAAAGGCCGGCCGAAGAAGAAGAAAGACACAAAGAAGAAAGACAAAGAGGGGAAACCCGCCAAAGCGAAAAAACGCAAGAAGAUUGACAGCGAUGUAGACAGAGACUCAGACAGAGAGAGGGACUAUGGCGAGAACUCGGACAGCGUUGCCAGCGACUAUGGGUCCGGAGAGAAGAAGAAAAAGAAGAAGCAUAAAGAGAGGAAGGAGAAGAAAACCAAGAAGAAGAAAAAAGACGACGGAGACCGAGACAGCAGUCAGGAGGAGACAACGAAGCAACCCAUAGAGCAGAAGACCUCUGCCCAGCUGGCGAAGGAGUGGGGUCUGGAGGAUGUUGAUCAUACCUUCACUGAGGAGGACUACAGGGAACUUACCAACUAUAAAGCCUUCAGCCAGUUCAUGAGGCCGAUGAUAGCCAAGAAGAAUCCUAAGAUCCCCAUGUCCAAGAUGAUGACCAUCCUGGGGGCCAAGUGGAGGGAGUUCAGCUCUAACAACCCCUUCAAGGGCAAUGCCGCUGCUGUCGCGGCGGCCGCUGCAGCUGCCGCGAUCGCCGUAGCCGAGCAGGUCUCCGCCGCGACUGCUUCACCCGAGCUGCCGCUGCAGCCGCCGCCGAUCAGAAAGGCCAAGACGAAAGAGGGCAAAGGCCCUGGCUAUAAGAAGCGCAGUAAAAGUCCUCGAGUCCCAGACAAGAAAAAGGCUGCAGCAAAGGCCAAAAAGAUGGCGCCCAUUCGGAUCAAGCUGUCACCUAUAGGCGCCAAGAGGAAGAAGAGCUGCUCGAGCGACGAUAUGGACGAGGACGAGUCCGAGCAGGAGGACUCCAGCGUCCACAGCUCCUCGGUUCGCUCCGACAGCUCCGGCCGCGUCAAGAAGAACAAGCGGGGCCGGCCGGCCAAGAAGAAGAAGAAAAUCCCAGGCGACGAGGAGGGCGACGGCUACGAGACGGAUCACCAGGACUACUGCGAGGUGUGCCAGCAGGGUGGGGAGAUCAUCCUGUGCGACACCUGCCCCCGAGCGUACCACCUCGUCUGCCUCGAGCCCGAGCUGGACAAGGCCCCCGAGGGCAAGUGGAGCUGCCCGCACUGCGAAAAAGAGGGAAUCCAGUGGGAAGCCAAGGACGAGGACUUUGAGGAUUUUGAGGAGGACAGCGAAGACAGGGUGAUAUCCGAGGUCGGGGUGGGGGUCCCCACUGGGGCGGAGGAGGAGGAUGACGACCACAUGGAGUUCUGCCGGGUGUGUAAAGACGGAGGUGAGCUGCUGUGCUGCGACACCUGCACCUCCUCGUACCACAUCCACUGUCUAAACCCACCGCUGCCGGAGAUCCCCAACGGAGAGUGGCUGUGUCCGCGCUGCACGUGUCCGCCAAUCAAAGGACGUGUCCAGAAGAUCCUCCACUGGCGAUGGGGUGAGCCUCCGCCUCCCAUCCCGGUUCCCCCAGCUCCUGACGCCCCACCUGACGCCCCCCUGCCGCCGCCCAUGAAGGGCAGAGCCGAGAGGGAGUUCUUUGUCAAGUUGACCGGGCAGUCCUACUGGCACUGUACCUGGAUCACCGAGCUGCAGCUGGAGAUCUUCCACUCGGUGAUGUACAGAAACUACCAGAGGAAGACGGACAUGGACGAGCCUCCCAGCCUGGAUUAUGGGUCGGGCGGCGAGGACGAGAACGGGGUGGGAAAGAGCGAGAAGAGGAGGGCCAAGGACCCCCAGUACGCCAUCCUGGAAGACAAGUACUACAAAUACGGCAUCAAGCCCGAGUGGAUGAUGAUCCACCGCAUCAUCAACCACAGCAGCUCGUUCAGCAGUGUCCACCUUCUCUCACUGUCUGCCAGUGUGGACAAGAAGGGGACGUACCACUACCUGGUCAAAUGGAGAGACCUGACCUACGACCAGUGCACCUGGGAGAGAGAUGACCUGGAUAUCCCCGACUUUGCAGUUUACAAGAGCAACUACUGGAGACACAGAGACGCAAUAAUGAAGGAGGACCCAGACAAACCCAGGAGGAUGAGGAGCAAGAACCAGGAGGGUGAAGAGGAGUCUCCCGCCUCGCCGGUCACUGAUCCCACGAUAAAAUACGAGGAGCAGCCCGACUUUGUCACGUCGACAGGUGGGACGCUGCACCUGUACCAGCUGGAGGGUCUGAACUGGCUGCGGUUUUCCUGGGCUCAGGGCACGGACACCAUCCUGGCAGAUGAGAUGGGCCUCGGCAAGACCAUCCAGACCAUCGUCUUCCUCUACUCGCUCUUCAAAGAGGGUCACACCAAGGGGCCGUUCCUGGUCAGCGCGCCGCUCUCCACCAUCAUCAACUGGGAGAGGGAGUUCGAGAUGUGGGCGCCCGACUUCUACGUGGUGACAUACACGGGGGACAAGGACAGCCGGGCCAUCAUCAGAGAGAACGAGUUCUCGUUCGACGACACGGCCGUCAAGGGAGGGAAGAAGGCCUUCAAGCUGAGGAGAGAGGCUCCCAUCAAAUUCCACGUGCUGCUGACCUCCUACGAGUUGGUGACCAUCGACCAGACGGCGCUCAAGUCCAUCGACUGGGCCUGUCUGGUGGUGGACGAGGCUCACCGCCUGAAGAACAACCAGUCCAAGUUUUUCAGGCGCCUGAACGACUAUAAGAUCGACCACAAGCUGCUGCUGACAGGAACUCCCCUGCAGAACAACCUGGAGGAGCUGUUUCACCUGCUCAACUUCCUCACACCCAACCGCUUCAACAACCUUGAGGGAUUCCUGGAAGAGUUUGCCGACAUCUCUAAGGAGGACCAGAUCAAGAAACUCCACGACCUGCUGGGGCCUCACAUGCUGCGGAGGCUCAAGGCCGACGUCUUCAAGAACAUGCCCGCCAAGACCGAGCUGAUUGUCAGAGUGGAGCUGAGCCCUAUGCAGAAGAAAUACUACAAGCUGAUCCUCACCAAGAACUUUGAGGCCCUGAACUCAAAAGGCGGAGGAAACCAGGUCUCCCUGCUCAACAUCAUGAUGGACCUGAAGAAGUGCUGCAACCACCCCUACCUCUUCCCCGUCGCCUCCAUGGAAGCCCAGAAAACACCAAACGGGGCUUACGAGGGCUCGGCCCUCACGAAGGCCUCCGGGAAACUGAUGCUGUUGCAGAAGAUGCUGAGGAAACUGAAAGAGCAGGGGCACCGAGUUCUGGUCUUCUCACAGAUGACUAAAAUGUUGGACUUGCUGGAAGAUUUCUUGGACCAUGAAGGUUAUAAGUAUGAAAGGAUUGACGGAGGAAUCACAGGAGCGCUGAGACAGGAGGCCAUUGACCGCUUCAACGCUCCUGGUGCUUGUCAUUUUUGUUUCUUGCUCUCCACCAGAGCUGGAGGUUUAGGCAUCAACUUGGCCACAGCAGACACCGUCGUCAUCUUUGACUCUGACUGGAACCCUCACAACGACAUACAGGCGUUCAGUCGGGCCCACAGAAUCGGGCAGGCCAACAAGGUGAUGAUCUACCGCUUUGUGACGCGGGCCAGCGUGGAGGAGCGCAUCACCCAGGUGGCCAAGAGGAAGAUGAUGCUGACCCACCUGGUGGUCCGGCCGGGCCUGGGAUCCAAAGCUGGCUCCAUGACCAAACAGGAACUGGACGACAUCCUCAAGUUCGGAACAGAGGAGCUCUUCAAGGAUGAAGGAGAAGGUAUGAAGAACAGCUCGAGGGAUAAGGCUGAGGACGAGGGCAGCGUGAUCCACUACGACAGCACUGCCAUCGAGAGGCUGCUGGACCGAAGCCAAGACGCCACAGACGACUCGGACGUCCAGAACAUGAACGAGUACCUCAGCUCCUUUAAAGUGGCCCAGUACAUGGUCCGAGAGGAGGAUAAGAUGGAGGAGAUCGAGCGGGAGAUCAUCAAACAGGAGGAGAACGUGGAUCCGGAUUAUUGGGAGAAGCUGUUGCGGCAUCACUAUGAGCAGCAACAAGAGGACCUGGCCAGCAAGCUGGGUAAAGGCAAGAGGAACCGCAAGCCUGUCAACUACAACGACGCUGCGCAGGAGGACCAAGAGUGGCAUGCUGACAUUUCAGAUAACCAGUCCGAGUAUUCAGUGGGCUCCGAGGAGGAGGACGAGGACUUUGACGAUCGGCCAGAAGGUCGAAGGCAGUCGCGUCGCCAGUUGAGGAAUGAGAAGGAUAAACCUCUGCCUCCUCUUCUGGCCAGAGUGGGAGGCAACCUCGAGGUGCUGGGAUUUAACACACGCCAGCGAAAGGCUUUCCUGAACGCCGUGAUGCGCUGGGGGAUGCCGUCUCAGGACGCUUUCGCCUCUCAGUGGCUGGUCAGAGACCUCAGGGGCAAGACUGAGAAAGAAUUCAAGGCUUACGUGUCUCUCUUUAUGCGUCACCUAUGCGAGCCGGUGGCCGAUGGGGCAGAGACGUUCGCUGACGGCGUGCCGAGGGAGGGCUUGUGCCGGCAGCCGGUCCUCACCCGGAUCGGCGUCAUGUCUCUCGUCAAGAAGAAGAUCCAGGAGUUUGAGCACAUCAACGGGCGGUGGAGUCUUCCAGAGCUCAAGCCUGAGGUCAGCAUAGACAAAACCUCCUCCAGGGCCUCCUCUCCUGCCGCGAAGACUGCCACACCCACCCCCGAUGCCAGCUAUAACAACACACCUUGCACCUCUAAGCCAGCGACCCCUGCUCCUGCAGACAAGCUGGAAAAGAACGGGAAAGAGGUAGAGAAGGAGGAGGACAAAGAGGAAGGCGAGGCCCCGUCUGACAAAGUGAAGGAGAAAGAGAAGGAUGAGGGGAAAGAGGUGGACGGCAACAGGACUGCGGACCCUGAGGAGCUUUCCUCUGCGACGAAAGAGACAUCACGCAGCGCGUCCCCUGGCCAGAAAAGCGAAGGCAAAGAAGGCGGUGACCUGAAGCAGGAGGAGAAGAAAGAAACAAGUGACACUCCAACGGAGGAGAAAAAAGACGAGAGUAAAGAAGAAACAAAGCAAGACACAGAGGUCAAAGAAGAGAAAUCAGACGGAGAAAAGGCGGCGGAGGAGAAGGAAAAAGACAAAGAGACACCCGAGGCGACGGAUGCCAAGGAUAAAGCCGAGGUGGCUGACGUGAAGAAAGAGGAAGUCAAGGGUGAAAAGGAUGCUGGGAAAGAAGUCAGGACAGCGAAAGAGGAGGUGCCCAGGGGGAACGGAAAGCCUCCCAUUGAGCGACCUCGCUUUAUGUUCAACAUCGCCGAUGGCGGCUUCACUGAGCUGCACACUCUUUGGCAGAACGAGGAGCGUGCUGCCAUCUCCUCGGGGAAGAUGAACGAGAUCUGGCACCGCCGACACGACUUCUGGCUGCUGGCGGGAAUCGUGAUUCAUGGCUAUGCCCGAUGGCAGGACAUCCAGAACGAUCCCCAGUUCGCCAUCGUCAAUGAGCCUUUCAAAUCGCAGGCGAAUAAAGGCAACUUCCUGGAGAUGAAGAACAAGUUCCUGGCUCGACGCUUCAAGCUGUUGGAGCAGGCGCUGGUGAUAGAGGAGCAGCUGCGACGGGCGGCCUACCUGAACAUGACCCAGGACCCCAGCCACCCCGCCAUGGCGCUCAAUGCGCGCUUUGCAGAGGUGGAGUGCCUCGCGGAGUCGCACCAGCACCUCAGCAAGGAGUCACUGGCGGGCAACAAGCCGGCCAACGCUGUCCUGCACAAAGUGUUGAACCAGUUGGAGGAGCUGCUGAGUGACAUGAAGGCCGACGUGACCCGGCUACCGGCCACGCUGUCCAGAGUCCCGCCCAUCGCCGCCCGCCUGCAGAUGUCUGAGAGGAGCAUCCUUAGCCGACUGGCCAGCAAGGGCACUGAGACGCACACGCCCCCGCCCAUUCCUCCGGGACCCUACGCAACCCCUCAGAACUACGGAGCCCCCUUCACCCCCGCCCCGCCGAGCGCCCUACACAUGGGAGGGGCCAACUACAGCCAGAUGCCGCCCGGAUCCUUCAUAUCAGUGUUGAAUGGGCCUCCCAUGUCUGUAAAGAAGGAGCGGGAAGUAGAGCUGCUAGUCAACCGGCGGGAGCAGCGCAGCGGAGAGGUCAUCUGCAUCGACGACUAGACCACACACACACACACACACACACACUCGCACUCACACACACUGAAACCCAUCUGCAGCACAGAUAUCUCCAAUUUCUCGAGAAGUUUUCUAAAACUUUGCUCUGCUGACUGGUACUCCCUGAAAAUCACACACACACACAUACAGUGCACUCACGCACAUGUGCACUUACUGUCUACGGACACACACACACACACACACACACAUCACUGCAGUAAAUACAGUCCAUAUUGUCUCAUAACUUCUUGUGACCUUUUCUUGUCUGCCUCAAACCAUGAUACUCCUCAUAAGCGGCCUCUUCACACAGGCCUCCUCCUCCUCCUCCUCCUCCUCUUGGGAUGCUUCUAACCUCAUCUACAAACACACACACACACCUACACACACUUACACACACAACGCUCAACCCACCUCAACCCUAGAAACCUUUAGAUCUCUCAGUAGACCGUGUAACCUGCCUCCUCCUCCUCGCCUGGUCUUUGAACUCUCGACAGGAAGCUGCAUGUGAAAAUCAUCCCUCCCGCCGCACUCCAUCCCCUGAAGCAUGCUCUAAUCACAAUAAUGCUGUCUCGUGGCAAGGAAAAAAAAAAUGGUGUCAAGCUGUGCCUACAGUCGUUUUAAUACUGUUUCUUAAUUCUCCCCGAGAGGCUGAACCUCUUGAUUUCUCAGUCCGAGCAGCUCCAAGCACAGCUCCAGCUUUUUUCCGGCCCUUUGUUUUGCUUUCCUUCGAUGGUACACGUUCAGAUACACUCACACAGAGAGGUAUGAUAUUGAUGAUUAUAUUCAGGACUCCUUCGACCACGUUAAGUAUUUGCCGCCAUCCCUUCUCCGCUUCCCUGGUUCUAGUUUAUGUACAGAGCUUUGAGGUAUUUGGGGGGUUUGUUCCAGAAAAGGCCUCGCGUCGACGCUAUUUUUCAGAAACCUCCUAUGAAUGUUUAUAACCUUUCGUAAGCAAGUCAGUGUUAUUAAAGCCUAUCGAUCACCCUGAACACUCCUCUUUCUUGACGCCCUCCCCCUCCCGCUCCUCCAUUCCCCUCUCUCAGUCUUUUAUUUCUGCGUUUCUAUUUCUUUCUACGAAAUCCUGUGAUAUACUUUGCAUAUUUAAACAGCUCAUUCGUGUUCACUUGUGUUUCUACUCUCGCGAUUAUGAGUAUUGUUGUCGUCGAUGUUGCUGUUGUUCUUGCUGUUGCUAUUUGAGAAAGAGCUUCUACCAAAAGAGACCUUUUUUUGUAACUACGAAAAAAAACGAUACAGUAUGUGCGACACACAAUGCACCUCUUUGCCAUGUUUGUCCUAUAAUUACAAGAGAACGCAAACGAAGAAGUUGAGAGAACUUCAGAGGUAGAUAUAUUACAAGAAAACUAAUUUUUCUUGCUUGCGUUUUAGAUUUGGGGCUUGCAAAUGACAUAUGCAUAUAUAGAAAAUAGGCCAUAUGUAACCCUAAAUGCUUCUCUGAGCAAAAAGAAAAUGUAUACUAUCUAACCCCAGUAAAGUCACGGUUAUUAUCUGGAAAAUCAGAGGCUGGAAAUCCAUUUUAUAUACCGCAUCAUUAAAAAACGCCUUAAUAAACAUAGCUGAACAAAUGUAAAGUUAUCAAACUGAAUUAAGAACCUGAUGUCAACCUGUAAAUCCUAGUCAGAGUCUGAUUUAAGUUAAAAAUAAGAAAGGAAAAAAAAAGUUAGCUACUGUAGGAGUUAAUUUAUCCCGGAUUUUACGCCAAUCUUCCCAGGAAAUAGUCCAUUUUACAAAUUAUGUUUCAUACAUGGAUGUGAGUGAAGAAGAUUUUGCAAACCCUGAACUAAAACGUUGUGUCAAAAACAAGCACUUAGUUCUUUUUCCACUUUUACUUUGUCCUCUCUCCAGAUUUUUGUGUUAAUUUCUGGGUAUCUUGUGUCACUGUGUAUGUAGUGGUGCCGAUCAAAUGAUGAGUGGCAGUGAAACGUCAAUGAUGACGCAUCUCCUUUUUUUUCUUUCUUUCUUUUUUUUGUUUGUAAUAAAACUGAAUGAAAU